UAGAUAAACCUACCUUCCCCACCUAUCUACCUACCCACCUACCUUUCCACAACAACCAACCACUUCAAUCAAAAUGUUCAGCUGGUUCAAGUCCACCAAGCAGCAGGAGGAGUCCGCCCAGCCCACCUGGGACCCCAACACCAUGACCAUGACCAGCCAGCAGCCCUCUAGCCCGGAGGCGCCUUCCACCGAGCGCGUCAUCACUGAGCAGCCCAACACCGACGAAGCCAUGAAGAUGAACCUGCGUGGUGGCGGUGCCGGUGAUGUUUGCUGCGGAGUG